UCAGAGCUGUCUGCAGCAAGCUGGCCUUCCUGAGACCCAGGACCGCAGCCAGGCACCUCGUACAGGUGCCUCCGGGCUCCACAAGGGGGUCUCCCAGAGACAGGGAGGGACCUUCAGUCCAGUUGCUUCCCUGUCUGUUCAGGCUGUCUCCCCCAGGCUCUGGUUCUGUCUAAAGGCAAAAUCAGAGGGCCUAAGGCAGGCAGGUAUUGUCUCCAAGGACAUCCGGUCAGGGCUCCCCACCAUGUCCCACUCUACCCCACCCUGCUCCCUGGAAUUCCACGGUACCAUUUGCAUAUUCUGUGGAGCGGAAACGUCUAGAAUGAUGUCUUAGGAGAUGCUAUGGAGGCAGCUGAGCAGUUGCGAUCCCAAGAUGCCUCCUUGUUUCAUAGAUCAGGGCGCCCUGAAGCAGAGGUGACCUUGUGCAUUCUGGGUUCCCCCAGCACCUUUCUGUCUCUGUUGCUGGAGGGUGGGGUCCAGAGCCCUGGAAACAUGCUCCUUUGCCUGUCCCCUGCGUGGCUGAUGAAGGUGGCAGCUCCAGGCCAAGAGGGUGAGGCGUCCCUGCUGGUCUCCAAGGCCGUGAGCUUCUAUCCAGGGGGCCUGACAUUCCUGGAUGAUUUUGUUCCCCCUCGGCAUGCCACCUACUUCCUGGCAGGCCUGGGGCCAGAAUCUGGCCAUGGCAGGGAGGCGGCAGAGCUGGCUCGGAACCUCACUUGCCCCACAGGAGCCUCAGCGGAGCUGGCACGACUGCUGGAGGACCGGCUGUUGACGAGGUGGUUGCUGUCCCAGCAGACCGGUGUGGUGGUGCCAGCUACCCUGGCUUUCACUUAUAGGCCUCCAGGGCUGCUUCGGGGAGGGGAUACCAGCCCUGGACUACGGCUGGUGGAGCUGAGUGGGAAGGAGGGCCAGGAAACACUGGUGAAAGAGGAAAUAGAGGCCUUUGUGCACUCCGAGGCCUUGGGUGAAGCAUCACAGGUGGCUGUGAGGCUUAGCGGCUGGCGCUGGCGGGGACAGCAAGCAUUGCGACUGCACCUGCGGGUGGAGCCAUCUGCAGUGGUGAACACGGUGCUGGCAUUGCUGGAGAAGCUGGAGGAGGAGGAGAGUGUCCUUGUGGAGGCCAUGUGCCCACCUGCCCGCCUGCCCUUGCCAGGCAGUCCCGCACCUGGCCCCGAGCUGGCUGUGCGCAUCUGCGCAGUGGUGUGUCGGAUUCAGGGUGAUAGGCCCCUACUGAGCAAGGUGGUGUGCGGUGUGGGCCGUGGGGACCAGCUCGUGCGGCAUCACAACACCCUGCCGAGAACACUGGAGGUGGCGCUGGCCCAGUGCGGCCUGGAAGAGGCGGCGCAGGUGGCGCUCCUGGGGCAGCGCAUCAAAGAAGCAGCAGAAGCCGCGUUGGCCGCAGUGCUGGCCCUGGAGGCCGGAUUGAGUGUUGAGCAGCGCGGUGGGCGCCAAGUGCACAUCGACUUCCUCGGCGUGGACUUCGUUCUCACAGUGGCCGGCCGCACGCUGACCCCCGCGGUCCUUAAGCUGAACAGUGGCCUGUGCCUGGAGACGUGCGGCGCGCUAGAGGGGCUGUGGGCCGCGCCGCGCCUGGGACGCUCGGUGAAGGAGGCGGCGGCAGCACCGUUGGUGGAGACCAUGCUGCGGCGCUCGGGGCGCCACCUGAUGGAAGGAAAGCAACUGCUGGUGAUCGGCGCCGGCGGCGUCAGCAAGAAGUUCGUGUGGGAGGCUGCGCGCGACUACGGACUGAAGCUGCACCUGGUGGAAUCGGACCCUAACCACUUUGCCUCCCAGCUGGUGCAGACCUUCAUCCACUUCGAUGUGACGGAGCACCGGAGAGAUGAGGAGAACGCACAGCAGCUGGCUGAGCUGGUACGGGCACGCAACCUGAAGCUAGACGGCUGUUUCUCCUUCUGGGACGACUGCUUGGUGCUCACCGCCCUGCUCUGCCGUGAGCUGGGUCUGCCCUGCAGCCCCCCAGCUGCCAUGUGCCUGGCAAAGCAGAAGAGCCGUACCCAGCUACACCUAUUGCGAUGCCCAGGCCCACCCUGGCCUGCGACCUCCCUCCAUGCGGUGGCCUGCUGCCCAUUGGAGAGUGAGGCUGAUGUGGAGAAAGCCAUCGACCAGGUACCCCUGCCAGGUGUGAUGAAACUGGAGUUUGGCUCAGGAGCAGUGGGUGUGCAGCUGGUGAAGGAUGGGCCCCAGUGCCACGAGCACUUUUCCCGGAUCCUCCAUGACUUGCAGGGUGAAGCUGACCACCCAGGCAUCGGGCUGGGCUGGGGCAAUGCCAUGCUGCUGAUGGAAUUUGUCGAGGGCACAGAGCACGAUGUGGACCUGGUGGUGUUUGGUGGACGGCUGCUGGCUGCUUUUGUCUCUGAUAAUGGCCCCACAAGGCUGCCUGGCUUCACGGAGACUGCAGCCUGCAUGCCCACUGGGCUAGCACCAGAGCAGGAGGCCCAGCUGGUACAGGCAGCUUUUCGCUGCUGCCUGGGCUGUGGGCUGCUAGAUGGAGUUUUCAAUGUGGAGCUCAAGAUGACUGGGGCCGGGCCAAAGCUCAUCGAGAUCAACCCACGCAUGGGAGGGUUCUACCUUCGAGACUGGAUCCUGGAGAUUUAUGGUGUGGAUUUGCUGCUGGCUUCUGCCAUGGUGGCGUGUGGCCUGCAGCCAGCCCUGCCUGCCCACCCUCGUGCCCGUGGCUACCUGGUAGGCAUCAUGUGCCUGGUGUCCCAGCACAUCGAGAUGCUGAGUUCCCCUAGCAGUCGAGAGACUCUGCAAGCCCUCCAUGACCAGGGUCUAUUGCGACUCAACCUGCUGGAGGAGGCCCUGAUACCUGGCCAGUAUGAGGAGCCUUACUGCAAUGUGGCCUGUGCUGGGUCCAGCCCUGCUGAGGCCCGUCUCCGCCUGCUGGGCAUCUGUCAGGGCUUGGGCAUUGACAGACCCAACUACCCAGUUGCCCAUUUCCUGUCUCAUUUCAAAUAGCAGGGAUGAAGUGCUAGGGGGAGGGGUUGUGAUGCUCUGUUUCCCUGCCCCUCCCAAACCUUGCCCAAACCUAGUUCAGCAUACUCCUCUGCCUCAGGUCUAUUCCAGAGUAGUAGAGCCAUUUUGACAUCAUAGUCUUCUGGACUCAAGGACCAUAAAACAAGUAUCUGGACGUUUCUGGGUCUUCUUGACUUCCCCAAAACCUCCGUCUAGUCCCAGGUAUCCCCAGAACUCUAGUGUUGUGGAAUAUUAUUUUAGCUAGGCGAAGAUGUGUUACAUUCGUUUAUGCU